AUGCGGUUGUUUUACCGCAGGGAAACUGAACAAAAAAUAACAUUUCUCACUUAAAUUCGCCGACAUCGCGGUAGUAUAAUUGUUAAAAAAGUUUAUAGUUAGCUGCGCAAAGCUUGAGGAUAUCUAACAUGAAAGGAAAAGAGCGGUCGCCGGCGAAAAAGCGUUCAAGGGCCUUGGAUGAAAUACGAGACAGGGGAGGAAGCCACCCAACCAGUAAGAAAAUGGGGGUUAUAUCGAUUUCUGGUGGUGGAAGCAACAACGGCAAUAGUUCAUCUAAAAGCGAAGGGGGUUCUGCAAGACGGGGAUUGAUCGGAGACAAACGAGAUGGCCGAGAUUUUGACGGACAUGUCUCAAGUCGGACUGGAAAUAAUCACGGAUACACCAGCCCUGUUGCAAGCUCGAGCAGCAAGAAUCACGUCUCGAGUCUGUCUUUAGAGGCAACCGCCCGCAGCAACUCGCGCGGGGAAUCGCGCGCUCCGCUUCCCACCAACGAAAGUGAGUACAAAACUUUAAAAAUCAGCGAGCUCGGCUCCCAGCUGAGUGACGAGGAAAUCGAGGAUGGGCUUUUCCACGAAUUCAAAAAAUUUGGUGACGUGAGUGUUAAAAUCAGCCGAGUGAACGACGAGAGAAUUGCAUUCGUGAACUUUAGAAGACCGGAUGAUGCCAGGGCGGCAAAGCACGCACGAGGCCGCUUGGUGCUGUAUGACCGUCCAUUGAAAAUCGAGGCGGUCUAUUUAAAUAGAAGGAGAAGUCGGUCUCCAGUUGACAAGGACCAUUUUUCUGUCGUAGCAGGCCAUAGACAUUUGCAUACGCAGAGGCCACUCUCUCCAACUGGCCUAGGCUACAGGGACUACAGGUUACAGCAGUUAGCGCUCGGUCGGCUUCCUCCUCCCCCACCCCCUCCUUUACCCAGAGAGCUUGAAAGGGAAAGAGAAUUUGCCUUUUAUGAAGCAAGGGCAAGGCCUGCUUACAUUGCGGAGAGGGCCGCUCCUUUCCGCGAGGAGGACUUUAUCUCUCCAGAGGACGAUCAGAGAGCCAACCGCACACUGUUUCUGGGAAAUUUGGAUAUUACCGUCACUGAAAACGAUUUGAGGAGGGCAUUUGAAAGAUUUGGGACCAUCACUGAGGUGGACAUUAAAAGACCCACUCGUGGCCAAAGCAGCACCUAUGGCUUUCUCAAAUUUGAGAACUUGGACAUGGCCCAUCGUGCAAAAAUAAGCAUGUCUGGGAAAGUUGUUGGCCGAAACCCCAUAAAGAUUGGAUAUGGCAAAGCGACCCCCACCACACGGCUAUGGGUGGGUGGUCUUGGACCGUGGGUCCCUCUGACUGCAUUAGCAAGGGAAUUUGAUCGCUUUGGAACUAUUAGGACUAUAGACUACAGAAAAGGGGACACCUGGGCUUAUAUUCAGUAUGAAAGCUUAGAUGCCGCUCAGGCAGCCUGCACGCACAUGCGUGGUUUUCCUCUCGGUGGUCCAGAUAGACGGCUGAGGGUGGACUUUGCUGACACAGAGCACCGCUACCAGCAGCAGUUCUUGCAGCCCCUCCCCUUGCAGCACUAUGAAAUUGUGGCCGAGUCUUUCGUCCAUCGUGCCACCCCUGAGGCCAUCAGGGUCCGAGAAAGGACUCCUCCUCCACUGCACUUCAGAGACCGAGAACUGUAUGCUGGGGCUGAGUGGCCAGCACCUGCCAUUCGGGAACGUGUAAGAACUCCUGCAUUUGAGCCCCUUGAACACUUAGAACGUGAACGACGACGAGAGGCGUGGUCUCUGGAGAGGGAGCUGUCAGGCAGGGACCCUGCACGUAAACGCCGCCUCAUGGAGGAUGGGAGACAUCUGGAGUGCUCUCCUGAUAGCAGCAGCGAGUGGGCAGCCCGACGUCGCAGACCGCCCUCCCUAGAGGGCAGCCCAGGGGGUAGCAGCCGUGACGGACGUUUCAGUGACUCUGAGCGGCCUUUGAGAGCCGACCGGGCAUCCCCAGCACGAGAGAGCCGCAGCAUCCUGGACAGAGCCCCCGGCGAUAAGCGCCUUAAAAGCAGUGGCUGCCUCUCAGAAUCCAGUAUCACCGCUAGUCCAGCAGAGAGAAAACGCAAAUUAGGUGAUUCAGCCAAAGGUGCCUCCAAGAGAGACCGAACUGAGGGCAGCUCCAAAGGCAGCAACCCUUCAAAGCAAGAUGCAGGGGGGAAGCUGAGCAUGGCCUGGAAUGGCAUGUUACUCCUGAAGAACAGCAACUUCCCAGCUAGCAUGCACCUCCUAGAGGGAGACCUGAGUGUUGCCACCAGUCUCCUUAUCGACAGCAGUACAGGCGGCAAGGUCAGUCAGCUACGCAUCACACAACGCCUUCGCCUCGACCAGCCCAAGAUCGACGAAGUGUCUCGCCGCAUCAAAGUUGCAGGCCCGGUUGGGUAUGCGGUUCUUCUGGCCGUCCCAGGCAGCUGUGAGGAGACUUCGUCUUCGGACCCAGCAGCAUCAACACAGAGGCCCCUGCGCAACUUGGUUUCCUACCUGAAGCAAAAGCAUGCCGCUGGUGUCAUCAGUUUACCUGUCGGGGCCAGUAGAGAUAAGGACAAUGCUGGGGUCCUGCACGCUUUUCCGCCCUGUGAUUUCUCUCAGCAGUUCUUAGAUUCAUCUGCGAAAGCUCUUGCCAAAACAGAAGAGGACUUCCUGGUCAUGAUCAUAGUUCGAGGAGCAUCUUAACAAUCAUAACACAAACCAAAGUAUUGUUAAUUCCAAGCUUCUCUUAAUGUCUCUUAACUGCAUGCUGUGUAAAGCAGAAGUGGUACCACAGUAAAGGGCAUAUGUUAUUACCUAUUCUGCCAAACCUGUACAAAAAAAAAAAAAAAAAAAGAGAGAAAAAAAAACUGUAAGACCCUUUCAUAUAGCAAAAUUUUGCUGUAUGGCAAUAUGUUUGUUUUACGUUGCAAGUUUAUUCAGAUGUCUAGUUUUUGUUAAGUUUUACCCUGCAUAAAAGAAGGAACGAUACUGGGCAUAUUAGAAUAGGAACAUUUUAAUUUGGUAUUGGUCAUGAAUCAACUAACUAGUUAUACUUCAUGUAUUUCAGUCAGACUGCAGAACAUCUUGUACGAAAUAAUUUCUGUGAAUGUUGAUUUAUUUGGUUAUCAACUGAACUGAUUUAAUGGGUUCAACUUUGGUUCAUGUGUCUUGAUGCUUUGAACAAUCACUUUGCAAUGGAUAGUGUAAUAUAGGUAGAUAUUGUAGUCCUGUAGGCAACUAAAAAUAACAACAAAUACUUCUUGAUCUGCAUGUUGAUGCUAGUGUUCCAUACAGUAGUAGCCUGUUGCAGAGGUUUAUCCAGCUUAAAAAUGAAGAUGUAGACAAAAGAAAGUCAUCAGUGUUAUAUUGAUUUGUAGUAGAAAACAGGCUACAUGUUAACACCAUAACUUACCUUAUCACAUAAAAAAUAUACAUUGUGAACAAAUUUUGAUUGUAAAGUAGAUAUUUCAUAGCCCUCCAUAGACCAAAUCAUAACAUCAAAGAAAUUGUGUUUAAAGAAAGUUAUUCUCACAUACUGUUUUCACAUUUUUGGGUUAUAUUUCAAAGAGUUUUGAAUGAAGCUAAAAUCUGGUUUCAAAGUGAGAUUGUUUAAUGUCUCAGUUUAAAUGGUAAUUGAUUGUCAGAAAAUAAUAAUAAUUGUAAUCUGACUGCUUAAAGUGGUUUUAAUUUUAUUUUUUCAAUAGGACUGUCAUAAUUUUUCCCAGAUAUAAUCAGCUAACAGUGAUAAUGUUAAUACUGCUGUUCUAAUGAAGGUCUCUUUAUAAACAAGUUUUAAUAGGAUUCUCACAUUAAUGUUAAGUGUAUAUGGCCUUUUAUGUAAGAUUUUGUCAGCACCACCCAUAAUUAGCUAAACAUGCCAAGUAUAUGUACAAAUCAAGCCCCAAAACUUUGUACAAUUGUAAGACAGUUCUAAAUGUUUUUAUUGAUAUGCCUUAGUUGACAAUGUAGACCAUAUAUUUAAUUAUGAUUUUAGUUGAAAGGCCAGUUAUGUUUGAAAUAAUACACAAUGUUGUCAUUCCUGGGUGUGUCAUUGUUCAAAUGGUUUUAAAAUAACUGUCUGCUCUUUCUCUAAACUCCUGAAAAAAUAGAGUUUGUGUUCUUAGCCUGUUUAGCUAAUUACAGUGUACUGAUCUGAUGAAUAACUAACAUCUUUUCAUGUAUGACUUUUAUAUUCUACCUACUAAAUUGUGUUUUAAAAGUUGAUUGAUUUGUGAUUUAACAAUAUAAUAACAGCUGAUUGUGUACAUGAAUUAUUGGACAUACUGCAUGUUCAGUCACAGCCUCACAGGACAGGAAAUGGACCGUUCAACAAGUGGACUUCACAUGGCUGGAACCAGAAAUGAUUGUUUGAAAUGAUUCAGGAGCCCUUUGGAUGCACAGGGGGAAGAGCUUUCCAUUUAGUAUUAGUGUACUUGCACAGAGAGAGCAUCUACCUGCUUGUGUAAUUGUUUUUGUGCUUACAGUUCCCGUAUUUAAACGGAAAUAAUGACACUCUUGAUUUAUGCUGUGUUUACCUGAUUUCUUGAUUGGGGAAAAGAGGAUUCGGUCACACUCCUUGCACAGCUCUGACGUGGCUGUUUGUACACAUACACAAAAAGUGCACUGGCCCCUCAUUUGAUUAUAUCACGCUAUCAAUAAAUUGUUUCAUUUGAGGGAGAAAUGUUUAUUCGUUGGAAAUGAAUUGAAGAACGCCUGCUGCUGCUUUUUUCGGUUGUGUUUCGGAAGGAAUUGUUGCUCAAUUGCUUGUUUCUGCUCAGGAAAGAGAAAUUCUCCCCUUUGUUUUUCGGCCCGGGAUCAGGGAUGGCAGUGAGAGCAAAGGGAGAGCGCUCUUUUGUUGCUCAAUGUUGUUGUUGAUCUAUGUUUCCCACCCUUGUGUCCCCCCUCCCUCCCACAUGCUAAAUAACCAAGGAUUCUGCUGCCCCCAGUCCUCAGACAAAUCCGAGAGAAGGGGGCUGUUCUGCAAACCUAUGAGAAUGUAGCUCUGUUCGGUUCUCGGAGAUGAACGCAGUCAGUGGAGAGAUGAUGUUUGCGCAGACCUUCAUCUAAACUGAAAUAUCGGUUUCAGUACCUUCACUGGGGUCAUUGAAUUCUCACAGGCAUGAUGGCUGUUUCCUGCUGUUUCAAGCUUCCUCAGCCAGAAGUAUCCAGGUUUGCUGUAACAUGGCCGGCCACACUGCUGUUCACACUAUGCGUUGCCAGCACAACUGCCAGCACUAUAGAGGCCGAACAAACCAUAUAACAAUGAUUUCCAUUUCACAGAGGAUCAGGCGUUUGUUUAUUCCAUCCUUUGAUUUCUUCUGAUUUGAGUUUGUUUUGCUCCAUUGAAAAUCAUUGAAGGAAGAGGAUUUCCGUGAUCAGAGAGGAAAGCGAUUUAGAAAAGUGAAAAGCAUUUUUAGCCUUCAAAAUUGUGUUCGUCUUGAAGCGAGUUUGAUAGUUUUGUUUACUUAAACAUUUACUUUCAGAAAGAAAUUUUAAAAACCAUUACACGUUAAAUUGAACCUGUUUUGAAGAAACCAUCAAAGAAAAUCAAACAUUUCCUUCUGUACUGCCCAUCUGAACGCUUGCCAGGAGCCUCAUCAGAAGAGAAUGAACACACCUUUCUUCCAUUGCUAGGAAAAAGUCCAGUCAGCUGCAUCAAUUUACAUGCUGCUCAUUCAUGUGUCUGAAGCGCAGAUGUGAGGAUUCAGAGUCAGACCUGUGCUCUGGUAUUAGUGUAUCUUCACCACAGUGCUCACUGACUGGCUUGUUCUCAGAUGCUAUGGAAUGGGCCUGGUAACUUGGUAACUCUGAUGUCCUGAUCGGAGUCAUUUCCCGGUUGACAGAUUUGAGUGUCCUGCUGAGUGAUAAAAGCACAGUUGGUCAUCUUCAGAUAAAACUGUUAGACGGUUUGUUAAUUUUUAGAAGUCUCUGCUCUCAUGCAGAGACUUCAAAGAUACUAAAAGAAGCAUAUUUAAUUAUGCAUGUAGUUAUUAGCCUGUUAAUGAACUUUGAUUUUUGCCAGAUGUUGUGAUACCCACAUGAGAUGAAGUUUUAAGAUUUCCCUACACGUUUAAAUUAUUAUUAUUUUUUUUGUUUGUCCACAGAACAUGUGUUGCAUUAUAGCUAUCCGUUCAUCAGUGAUUAAUCAUGAAAAGAGUGCAGCGUGUCAGACCACAUCACAGCUCACAGUCUGUAAGUGCUAUUUAAAUUUUUUGCAAAGUAGAAUUGAGUAGGUUUGUAUUAAUACAAAUGAUGAUAAUUUAUAUAUAUAUAUAUUAGGGCUGUCAGUCGAUUACAUUUUUUAAUCGAAUGAAUUACAUGGUGUCCCGAUUAAUUAAUCACUAUUAAUCGCAUAUACAAAUAUUUGCUGAGAAAGCCCCUCAUAUAACAAUAACUCGAUAUAUAAUGAUUAUACAUAUUUAUAUCAAUAUAUAAUUAUACAUAGUUAUCUUUAAAUAUUUUAAAAAAUAUUUGUAUGUAUAUAUAUAUAUAUAUAAAUAAAUAUUCAGAUAAUUAAAGUGCAUUACAUUCUUGUGGCAGAAGAGUUCAUCAUUGAUAAGACAAUACAAAAAGUGGUUUUAGAAUACAAUGUAUUGUUUACUACCAUAUUAUUGAUCAUAAGUCAAUCAUUGGCAUACAGUUCACAGCAAUCCAUUUCACAAGUGAAUUUGUCAGUCAGUUGGAGAUUUAUUAUGAGGGCUUGUUUAAGUGCCCGUCAAUUUACACCUACGUCAGACGUCUCGGGUGUGUUGCGUCAUAAACAUAAAAUAUUUAGGUCACUUCACUGUUUUCUUCACUGUAUAAACUGCACGUUGCUCAUACAGCUGAAAUUUCACUUACUGCCCUCUGGAGUAAACAGGUGGUACUACAAGCGUGCAUUACUCAGGAAUCUUCCUUAUUAUGGUCCGUGGGCAUGCGAUUAAUUGCGUUAAUUUUUUUAACACGUUAUUUGUUGUAAAAUGUAUCGCACUGAAUUAACGCGUUAAAUCGACAGCCCUAAUAUAUAUAUAUAUUAGAAUGCUGCAUAAAAAUUUUUGUUGUUUGUAAAAUGUGAUUUGUUCUCAAUAAAGGUAUAUUUUUACACCACUUUGACUUUGUGUAAUAUUGUGAUGAAAGAAUAGUUGGAAUAAUGAAUGUGCUUUAGGUUUACAGAAUACAAGUUAUGCUAAUAUUUUUUUUUUUCAAUAAUUAAGAUAAUUGAUGGAGUUCAGACAUGGAGUUCUCAUAAUUUGCCCUUUAUAGCCAAGAGAACCUUUUUUGUUUUUUACAGAAUGGCAUUCAAAUCCACUGCUGGCUUUAAUUGCAGUCAUGGAAAAAUGUGACAAUUGUGGAAAUUGUCAACAAAAAAUUAUCCAAAACCUUUGACAAACGUUAAAAACAAUCAAAUUAAAUAAAAAAGUGAAUAAUCACUGACUAACAGUAC